AAGCUGCUCGGUGGGUGAAGCCGGAAGAGGAAACCCAGUGAAUUUCCCACCAGGCGAGAUGAGUGGCUUAGGGAAGCUGUUUGGGAAAGGCAAGAAGGCCAAGGCCCCCACUCCGCAGGAGGCCAUCCAGAAACUGCACGAGACCGAACAAAUCCUCGUCAAGAAGCAGGAAUUCCUGGAGGAGAAGAUCCAGCAGGAGCUGCAGUCAGCUAAGAAACAUGGCACUAAGAACAAAAGAGCUGCCUUGCAAGCUCUCAAGCGGAAGAAACGUUACGAGCAGCAGCUGUCCCAAAUUGACGGGACCCUCUCCACUAUCGAAUUCCAGCGAGAGGCCCUCGAAAACGCCACCACCAACACCGAAGUGCUCAAGACCAUGUCGGAUGCUGCUCGGGCCAUGAAAGAGGCGCACCAGCACAUGGACAUCGACAAGGUGGACGACUUAAUGGCCGAAAUCACCGAGCAGCAGGACAUCGCCCAGCAGAUCUCGGAUGCCAUAUCCAAGCCGGUCGGCUUCGGAGACGACGUAGAUGAGGACGAACUGCUGGCCGAGCUAGAAGAGAUGGAGCAGGAAGAUCUGGACAAGGAGCUUCUGAACGUUGCGGAGCCCGGUCCAGAACUGCCCAAUGUCCCGUCCUCUCGCCUCCCCAGUGUGCCAGCUUCAAAAGUGCCAGCAGCCUCCCUGGACGACGAGGACGAGGACAUGAAACAGCUUGCCGCCUGGGUGUCGAGCUGGGACGGGGGGAGCGUCGCCCCCGUUGACACGCGUGAACUCCUGCAGUGGCCCUCUGCUUUGUCGCUCUCUGUGCCCGACAAUCUGGCACUUCCUCCCUCCCCCACCGAACCUGUUUCGCUGGACCUUGCACCCCAGACUCUUGCAACUGUUAAGAAGCACAAAGGGUCGGAACAAUGGCGUGCAGUCCCCCUCCUUUCCCAGGACAUAAUCCGCGACCGGUCCCCGCAGCUAGAGAUCCAGCAGCUCAGCCCAACGGCCAGAGACAAACACCCGGUGAAGGUGAGGGACCUCGAUUUCGUGGUGGGCGCUGUGCUUUUGCCUGCCUCCACUGUCCGGGGUCCGCAGAUAGCCUCCAGGGCCUUCAUUUCCGUGGUGGGCUUUUCCGCCAAGAACUUCAGCACCCAAGAGACUUUGAGGAUCUCCAGGAUGUUGAGCCGUUUCGAGGCUGGGCGCAAGAUGCGACGGAUCAAGUCCUGGAAGGAGAUUUCCAUGGAGCUUCUUGAGGUUGGUGUCAUCAAAGGGCAGGUGAGCCACCACCAAGGUGUAGAGGAUGACCCCCAUGCUCCACGUGUCAGAGAGGAAGGGGUUGUAGGGCAGGCCCAGCAAGAUCUCCGGACAGGCGUAGGCAAAGCUUCCGCAGUAGGUCUGGCUGAGGUGGGAGAAGCAGCUCAUCAUGCGGUACGAGGGGGUGGGCGGGGGCUGCAUCUGGGCAGCCACCAUCUUGGAGAAGCCAAAAUCGGAAAUCUUGAUGUUCUCACGCUUGUCCAGGAGAAGGUUCUCCAGCUUAAGGUCCCUGCGGUUCAGGGAAAGGAUGGAAGAGGUGAAGCUAAGGCAAUCCACGUAACACCUAGCCAUGGCACCAUGACCCCAGUUGAGUCCGCCACAGUUACCGGGCUGGUGCAUCGUGUCAACCCUCAGCUGUGGCUCUCAGUCACAACAGUUGGACUCACACAUCCUGUGAAGCCAAACCAUCAGUGCAAGAGCUCAAUUAGAAACCCGAAGGACGCCUCUGGCCGGCUCUCACCGAUGCACAAUGCCCUUGCCGUGCAGGGAGGGAUCCUCCCGCUCCCGCUCCCAGACCCGGAACUGCGUCCUCGUGUGGGCAGCGAGGCCCCCCGCGAUCCGGUGAGGGCGGAAGCAACUGACGGACGUGGCCGGGGCUGUCCGGGAGAUGGCCUGAAGGACUCCGGGCGCUUCGAAGCCCGUGGCUCUUCGGAUGAGUCAUCCUUAGCUCGGAGAACCGCGCGCCGGAGGUGCCGAGAAGCGGAGGGCGGCCGCGCCGAGAAAGGAGACGGCUUAGAGCAGGAUUGGCGGGGGCCGGGCGAAGAAAGGCUGCCGGAGGUGCAGGCAUUGCUCGGGGCAGCCCCAGAGGAACAGUCCCACGUCCUCCCCAACAUGGCUUGCCAUCCAUCCCCUGCCCUUCUUGCCUCCUUCCUCUAUUUCCUCUCUGUGGCCUGUUCAGAGAGUCACUAUCAGCUGGGGGCAAAGGUGAUGCUCUACGUCAACAAAGUGGGGCCUUACCACAACCCACAGGAGACCUACCAUUACUACCAGCUGCCGGUGUGUUCGCCACCUAACAUCCGCCACAAGAGCCUGACCUUAGGGGAAGUGCUGGAUGGGGACCGCAUGGCCGAGUCCAUGUACGAGAUCCACUUCCGCGAGAAUAUCGAGAAGAAGAUCCUUUGCGAAAUGAAGCUGUCGCCGAAGGAGGUAGAGCACCUCCGCCAGGCCAUUGAGGAACUCUACUACUUUGAAUUUGUGGUGGACGACUUGCCACUCCGUGGCUUUGUGGGCUACAUGGAGGAGAGUGGCUUCCUGCCCCACACCCACAAGAUUGGGCUCUGGACCCAUCUGGACUUCUACCUGGAGUGGAACGGUGACCGCAUCAUCUACGCCAACGUCAGCGUUCGCAAUGUCAAGCCCACCAGCUUGGAUGACGUCCAGGGCGUGUUGCCCAUCACUUAUACCUACAGCGUCCAUUGGUCUGAGACCAGCGCAGAGCGGCAGGGUGAACGUAGGGGAAGCCACAGCGGGGAUGACGGCUUCUUCCCUCACACCUUGGAGAUCCACUGGCUGUCCAUCAUCAAUUCUAUGGUGCUGGUGUUUCUGCUGGUGGGCUUUGUGGUCGUCAUCCUGAUGCGGGUCCUCAAGAACGACCUGGCCCGCUACAACCUGGAUGAGGAGGCCUCGUCUUCAUCCUCAGGAGACGACUUUGACCAAGGGGACAAUGGGUGGAAGAUCAUCCAUACCGACGUCUUCCGCUUUCCACCCUGUCGCAGCCUCCUCUGUGCCGUGCUGGGCGUGGGCAGCCAGUUCCUGGCCUUGGGCACUGGCAUCAUUGUGAUGGCUCUGCUGGGCAUGUUCAACGUCCACCGACAUGGAGCCAUCAAUUCAGCCGCCAUCCUUCUCUACGCCCUCACCUGCUGCAUCUCCGGUUAUGUGUCCAGCAACUUUUAUCGCCAGAUUGGUGGCGAGCGAUGGGUCUGGAAUAUACUGCUCACCACCAGCCUUUUCUCUGCUCCCUUCUUCCUCACCUGGAGCGUGGUUAACUCGGUGCAUUGGGCCAACGGGUCAACCCAGGCACUGCCGGUCACCACCAUCCUGCUGCUGCUGACGGUCUGGCUCUUGGUGGGCUUCCCGCUGACGGUCAUUGGUGGCAUCUUCGGCAAGAAUCGGGCCAGUCCCUUCGACGCACCCUGCCGCACCAAAAACAUCGCCCGGGAAAUCCCUCCCCAGCCCUGGUACAAAUCCACGGUGGUACAUAUGACCAUUGGAGGCUUUCUGCCCUUCAGUGCCAUUUCUGUGGAGCUCUACUACAUUUUUGCCACUGUGUGGGGCCGAGAGCAGUACACCCUCUACGGGAUCCUCUUCUUUGUUUUCGCCAUCCUGCUGAGCGUCGGGGCCUGCAUCUCCAUCGCCCUGACCUACUUCCAGCUCUCGGGCGAGGACUACCGCUGGUGGUGGCGCUCCAUCUUGAGCGCGGGCUCCACCGGCCUGUUCAUCUUCCUUUACUCCGUCUUCUACUACUCAUGCCGCUCCAACAUGUCGGGCACGGUGCAGACGGUGGAGUUCUUUGGCUACUCCCUCCUCACCGGCUACGUCUUCUUCCUGAUGCUGGGAACCAUCUCCUUCUUCGCCUCUCUCAAGUUCAUCCGCUACAUCUACGUCAACCUGAAGAUGGACUGACCACCCCUGCUUUGCUCUCCUUGGCGGGGGCUGCAAUGAAGCUCUUGGUUCCCACUGGCUAGGAUGGGUGCGGGUCAGCGCGGUCCCUCCCGUUGCAGAGCGCCCCACCCCUCGGCUAGCCUAGGCAUCGCUUCAGAAAGUCCGUUCUCGGCUGGCAUCUCAGCCGAGCUCUGGAAACAUAGGCUAUUUAUGAUUUGUUCCUUUCUUGGCUGGAAUCUGGGAGCAUUUCCAAGCUCACCCUACAGGCCCUGGCUUGAUUGCCACAAAAUAGGGGACAGGAAGCGUCCUUACGUCCUCGCCUGCUGGUCAGGACAGCUGGCCAGUCAGCGACCCUCCUAUGAGUCCAGCCAGUUAGUGCCCACUGUUAACAGGAUUCUCCUCUUUGUCUUUUUAAAGUUAAAACUGUGUUCCUGUACUGAAGUGAACCAUUUAUUUUUCUCCUCAGUUGGUAGGAAUGGGACCAUUUGAGAGAGAUUUUUUUCCUGUUGACUAUAUGAUCAGCUCAGCUGAUAAAAGCUACAAUCAGUUAAACACACAUCCAUUUUUUCUGAUGGGUUCCAUCUCUCCCCGAACAUUGAGAGCACGUGAAAAAGUUUCUGCCUUGUCUUUCCUUUUGCUCAGUUUCAGGAAGAGAUCCCAGCCAAUCAUCAACAUGCAUUAAAAAACCCUCAAACCUGACAUACAUACGUAGAGAGAGAGAAUGAUCGGCAGGCCGAUCUCACAAGUAAAAUUUGUCCCAAUAGCCAGCAA